CUUUGCUCCCGCAGCUACGCAAAUGGAUCACUUUUUUUCACUAGUUGCGCAGGCAGUGGUGGCAGUCUCUUCUUCUCGGCCUCUCUCCGGUAUUUGAUGGGUCAUGGAUGGUUGAUUUUCUGUUUUCUACUUCGCGUUUGUGCCUAGUAUUACCGAUCGCCGGGCACGUAGGUAGUUGUACAUGACGCAGUUACGUACGGUCGUCAGAUUCCUAUGUAUCAGAUUUUUUUUUACAGAAAUGUGCAUGAUUAUUAGGACUUCAGAUAUACUUCAAUUUUUUAUUUUUUCCUUUAUUGCUCAUACAUAGUGUUAGUGUGUGAUGAAGAUAUAGCUCUCUUUUCAGUAAGGGCCGCUUUCGCCUUUCUAUUUUUCCUUUAUUUGCGGUUGCAGCGAAGUGAGAUCCCGAUCAAGAUGGAGUUGCGGCAUGUUGCAUGCGAUUUGCGUCACUAAUACCACCUGUAGUGUAAAGUACUAGGUAAUAGACUUCUGGGAAAGAAGCCGAAGAUGCGGGGCUAACACAUGCGACGGUUGUGACGACAUGAAGAAGAAGAUCAAUCUAGAUGAUCCCAAUCGACGAUCAUGUCUAAUCCGAGAUGAAUAUUUAUUUGCGGUGCCGUGUAAGUCUAAGUACGGUAGGAGUUGUAAUUGUCACGUUUUGUGGCACAGAAACAGAUGAUUUUCAUCAAACUCUAUAGUUACUCAUCAUUUCGAUGAUGUGCCUUCGGCUGAAUAACAAAGCGUCGUCCAUUGUUUCUCUUAUGUGACAUCAUGGCAGGUUGCUUAUGCUUUGACUUUAGAUUUAGUGAAGCUGCCGUUUUUUCAGUCACUCUCAUUUUCUCAUGUUGCUUGAGGUUGAAACAGAUGCUUUACGGCCUAGCAAACUUAGUUAUAGAGGACGAACAAUUUUGGUAAGUUUCGUUUUGUACAUGCGCUUGCGCUCGUAGGUCCGGAUUCCACUCUUAAAACCUACUAGGCAAAAAAAUAUCUUCCCAGGACUAUUAGCACCCAUACCGAAUCAAUAUAACAAUGUCUUUGUCCUCACGAAGAUCGUGAAGACUGUUGUCGCAGACUGAGCUGUGGCAUCUUGCGCUGCAGCGGCUCUUGUGAUUUUGGUGCACAAGAAGGAUUCCACUCGCACUCGUAUUUUCGUCCGGCACGACAAUAAACAUGAUCGGCGCCGCCACAGAUGAUGACUACCUCUCCACCGGUGGGGCAGGAUCACCGAGCAUUUUAUUGGAGAAGCGAGCACCGGUAGCGCGACCGCAAAACAAGAAGGACGACCUGUACUUACCUGAUAGCUCUUUGGCGUUGACAAGAGCAUGUGACCCUUACGGAUGCGGUAGAAGUCACUAUUACAUCGACCCCAAUCGCUUCUACAUGAUGGUCAAGCAAAUUUUGAAUAUUUAUCAGGUAUCUCGAAGGCUAUGGAAGGCAAUGGGGCGAGAAAAUCACGUAUAGUGUAGGCCUGUGCUACGGUAUCGGAAUGCUUACGGGCGGUUUCUACGGCUCUUUGUUGGGCAUGAGAAAAGGAGGAGCAACGCCAAAACUCUUUCUCAACAGCGUGAUGAACGGCGUCAGUAGCAGAGGUACGUACUCCUUGAUGCGUUUUUGACAACAAAUUUUGAAUAAGAUCAGUUUGGUAUAUUCUGACCCGUAAGUAUCUCGUAGUCGCGCAAAACGUUUUCUUUUUCCAUUUAACCUCCAACCAUACGACACAAAUGAUUUCCAGGUGCCCUGGUGGCGAACCAAGGGGCCAUCAUGACUUUGUACUACUGCGUGAGCAAUCAGUUGCUCGGGUGGAUACGAGGCGAAGACGACCAGUUUAACGCCCCGGUGGCCGGACUUUUCUCCGGCGCGCUGUACAAGAGCACCGCGGGAAGCUGGGCGCAGAUGGGCCGAUACAGUCUAGCUGGAGGACUGGUCUUUACGGGGUUUGACCAGCUUGUCCGGAUGGGCAAGAUAUAGCUGCUGUGUACAGAAAAACGAAAAUAAUACUCGACUCCAGAAAAUUCUUCUAUUUUUCAAAUCUAACGAGCGACAGCGACUUGUACUUAUUCAUACGUUGAGGUACAACACGCACUACAUUAAUACCGGCUGUGCUGCUACGGAGCUCAGCGGCCUUGGUCACAUUUAUCCGGACUCGUGUGCCAGCUCCUUGUGGUGUUCCGAUAC